AUGCCUUACCCGUUCGCGUUGCCGACGACCUCGUCAACACCGCUAGACGCCUUCAUCAGCAGCCCUAGUCAUCCCUCUCUACCACUCACAGCGACCACACAACGAUCGAUUCUUCGCGAUGCUCUGAAGAAGCACAAACGACUACCAGUUUCACAACAAGCAGCUCACUUGGGAGUCGUCCAGGAUGCCAUAUAUGGCUACCUUCCUUAUGCACUGGGUAUCGCGUCAGCAACAGUCACCGGCAGAAUACAAGACGAGCCUGUGUCAAUCACAAAUACAAACCAGUUACACACAGAAUGGCGGCUCACUCUAGCGGCAACACUACCAGGACGAGAGCCGCCGCGGUCGCCGCUAACAGGCAUAUACAACGAUGUUGCAUUUGUUCUACAGACGCUGGCAUACAUUCAAGUUCAACAAGCACGCUCGCAGUUGCAAAUACUCUACUUGCCCAAUAUACCUUCACCGGACCGCCGAACCGCAGCAAUUGGCUCUGCUAUGAAAUACCUUCUCGAAGCAAAUUCGAUCCACAACUACAUUCUGAAUUUACACACUCAAGAUCCUGCCUCCGCACCUCUGGAUACGGUCAAUUCGACUCAAGUUGCCCUUGCGGCUUUGGCUCUCGCCGAAGCAACUCUCAUCACCGUCUUGAAAGACGAUCCCUAUACUACUGCCGUCAUCCAGGCAAGGAACAAGGAUGACAAGGAAUGGAUGAUCUCUGCACCCAGCAUCCCAAAAGUCCGCGCUCAUUUGUUCGCUCGUCUUUGUAUCUGUGCCUCAGACCACGCUCAACAAGCAGCUGCUUCUCUGGCUCCUGGCAUUGGCGCAUUGGACUCUUCAUUACUCAACUACGUCGAUGAUCUACGCCGUACGGCUCGUGCGAAAGCUGCUAGAUUCCUAGCUUGUGAUGCCGAGGCAACAGGCAAGACUGGAGAAGCGAUCGCAUACUUACGAGGUGCGAGGCGAGAGCUGGGACUCGCACCGCUGGAACAAGAUGCUAGUAAGCGUAAAGGUUGGAAAGGCAUAAAACAAAGCUUUGCGGAGAAACGAGAAGACCGCAGGGUCGAGAAGGGUGCGGAUGAUUGGGGCUUGGACGCAGGCAAACUCGAAGAGGCACGGGUGUUAGAGUGGCUCGAGGUCAAAUGGGUCAAGUUGAACGACACGUGGAAGAGCAUACUGACAUGGACAAACACANNGAUCAACACCCAGCUCAUUCCUCCGAGCGAACCGCUUAUGGCUGCUAUGCCAUCGGGUCGUGAAUACCAUAGUCCCAAACCUUUCUCUCCGCCAACUCUGGAUGCAUCUGUGUUAGCUCGUCUCCGCGCUCCUAUUGAUCCUCAUGAAAAUGCUUUCAGAGGCAACGAGGAAGACAGUGGUGAUGAAGCCAUGGCUCGAGAACCGGCAGUCGUACCUGGAGCAUUUCCCGGUGCUUCUGCAGGAGCAAGCAGUGGUAAUGCAUACUACUAA